UCUUCAAAUACAACGCAUAUUCAUACUCGGCUUAACUUACUUCCCUCUGUAGAUUAUCUGCCAUGGAUCUUCAUCCUCGCACCCCAUUUCCAGGAAAAACCCGGGUUCUGAAAUCAAGAACUGAUGGAAAAGCUUCUGAAGCACCAAAAGUGAAUGUUAAGGAAUCCCAUGUUAACAGGGAAAGAAGGGUUUUCGGAACAGUAAGAAACCAAAAUGCACCGACAAAGCCAGUGACGAGCGAAAAGCCCACCAAAAAGCCCUUUUCUGUGGUUCCUCAAAAACCGGCAAAAAUGCCAAUCAAUGCCACUGCUGUUGAAGAAACCGCUGCAACUCCAAAGAAACCGUCUGAGAAUAAUAAUAAUGUUGUUGCAAGGAGCAAGAAGAAGACCGUGAAUUUUUGCGAAAAGGUUGAGGAAAAUAAGGAUAAGAUAUUGCAGGAGGGUGAUGUUUCAGCAGGAGUUCAAACUCCUCUAAGAUCGCCCUUUUUGAUUAAGCCUAAUGUUGUGGGGACGCCUUACCACAGUGCUGAGAGAUGCAGCAAAUGCAGAUUCGACAAGCUUGAGACAUCCUCGUAUUGGCUCGGUCAAAUCAGAUUAGCUGAGUCCGUUGGGAAGCAUUUUGUUUCUGCUGCUUUCUUCCGAUUGGCUGCUGAAUGCAAAGCAGAGCCAUUUCGAAACACUAAAGUUGAGCUGAAGAAAUAUUUGGGGCGACACGAGUACUUAUCUGGAGAAAAAGAGUGGAAAGAUUUGUCUAUUAGCUAUGGAUUAAUGAAGGAGGAAAGCAACUUCUGCCACAAUAACAAGGAGGAAGAGGCAAUUGAAGGCCACAAUAACAAGGAGGAAGAGGCAAUUGAAGACAGCGGUCACCCCGGAGACACUCGUGAUGAUGAACAAGAGAAGCAAAUCAUGGAACCAGUCGCUGGAGAGCCUGGGAAUGAAUGAGAGGGAGUCUCACUUGUCUAAUGAAAUGCUUAGCAUUUUGUUGUGAAGAGAAGUUUUUACAUUUUAGAUAUUGAAAAAUCUUGCAAGAAAUCAGUAGUAUUAAUGAGGUGUAGUAGUUUUGGUUUUGAUUUCAUUCAGUGGUGCCUUAGCCCGUAUCCAGAAGGGUACUUCAAGAACCUUGUAUUACAUUUACAUGUAGGAAGUGGAUGUUUGUAGAAUCAGAAUCGGAUAGUGGAUAUUGGAUGAUGAUAUGCUAUGCAAGUACUACAAUUUGAUGACA